CUUUCUAAAAAACAAGGUGAAAAUUCUGGUCUCGCACCUCAGUUCUGACCCCCCUGGGCUUUUCUAGUUUUUACGAAUUAAAGAAUCGAAGAGACCCUCUUCAACUUUUUCCAAGUGUUUCCUCAGCUCUUUUACCUACAGAUCCUCUGAACAAAAAUGAUCCGUUUUAUAUUGCUUCAGAACAGACAAGGAAAGACUCGUUUGGCCAAGUAUUACAUACCUCUCGAGGAAUCCGAGAAGCACAAGGUGGAAUAUGAGGUUCAUCGGUUGGUGGUGAAUAGAGAUCCCAAAUUCACCAACUUUGUUGAGUUCCGUACCCACAAGGUAAUAUACAGAAGAUAUGCAGGAUUAUUUUUCUCACUUUGCGUUGAUAUCACAGACAACGAGUUGGCUUAUUUGGAGUCCAUCCACUUGUUUGUGGAGAUUUUGGAUCACUUUUUCAGCAAUGUCUGUGAGCUGGAUUUGGUUUUCAAUUUCCACAAGGUAUAUCUGAUAUUAGAUGAGUUUAUUCUUGCUGGGGAGCUCCAGGAAACAAGUAAGAGGGCAAUUAUCGAGAGAAUGGGAGAAUUGGAAAAGCAGGAGUGAAGAUUCUCAUGCUUUGCUCGAGAGUCGAAACAGACACUUUCCUUUUGGCUUCGUGGUCUGCACUUCUCUUCUGGCUGGCUGUAUUUACUGCAUUAGACAUUCUGUAUCCUGUUGAUACCUUCUUGUUGCUGUGCCUCAUUUUUAUUUAUUCAUUCAUACAUUUAAAGGUAGUUUGCAAGUUAAAAUAUGACUAUCUUUAUCUUUUGUCAA